AUGUCAAAUCAAGCAAGUAAGAAAGAGGCAAUGCAAGCUGACCACGAGAUUGAUCAACAGAGCGUUGAUAAUGGCGCACUUGAAUCUUCGUUUCAAUUUUCCGCUGCCGCAGAGAAAAAGUUGGUUCGAAAGAUCGAUUUGGUGGUUCUCCCAAUCAUGGUUUUUGCAUACAUGCUUGCCUUUCUUGACAAACAAGCCUUGGGCUACACAGCGCUCAUGGGGAUUCGGGAGGACCUGCAUCUUGUAGGCAACCAAUAUAACUGGUCGUCAAGUAUAUUCUAUUUUGGAUACUUGUUCUUCUCCAUGCUUUGGGCUGUUGUUUUGGCUUGCCAUGCUGCCUGCACAGAUUUCAAGGGUAUCAUGAUAGCCCGAUUUUUCCUCGGAUGCACAGAAGCCAGUCUCUCACCCGGUUUCACUCUGAUCACAUCGCUCUGGUACCGGACAUCUGAGCAGCCACUUCGUCAUGGUAUUUGGUUUUGUGGAAACUCCAUUUCGCUCAUCUUCGGAAACUUGAUUGCGGUCGGUAUUCUACAGAUUAAGGGAUCCCUCGAGGCAUGGCAGUGGCUAUUCAUCAUCUUCGGACUCGUAACAUUCCUCUGGGGAAUCUUGAUGCUGUUCCGCCUUCCAGAUUCUCCGACCACCGCUAGCUUCCUCUCCGAAGAAGAAAAGCUCAUCGCAGUAGAGCGUCUGAAAGCCAACCAGACAGGCUACAAGACCUCGAAUAUCAAUGGCGCUCAAAUUUUGGAGGCCUUCAUCGACCCAAAGACCUGGCUUCUUGGGGUCUUGAUUUUAGCGUCCAAUAUUCCAAAUGGUGGAUUUACAACCUUCAAUGGAUUGGUAUUGCAAGGCUUUGGAUUUUCGACUUUCAACACCCUCCUGCUUGGCAUUCCCGGCGGCUUUAUCGUUAUUAUCGGUAGCGCUCUCGUCUACGCGACAGCGUCAGUUGGCUCUCGAUAUGCAGGUCUCCUACUCAUGGGAAUAUACUCUGCAGCAAUGCCUGUCUCAAUGGCAAUGAUCAGUUCCAAUGUUGCAGGAUUCACCAAGAAAGCGACCGUCAGUGCUGUCUAUUUUAUCUUGUACUGCACCGGCAACAUCAUUGGCCCGCAGCUUUUCUUUGAGAGAGAGGCACCGAAAUAUCAGAGUGGAUUCCUUGCGAUCAUCAUUUGCUUGGUGAUCUGCGUGCUCGAUUGCAUUCUUCUCUUGCUAUAUCUCAGAUGGACAAAUAGCCAACGUGAUAAGAAGGCUGUGGAGGAAGUGGGAUCCCAAGAGCAAGAGAAAGACGCGUACCUGCGACCUGGAGCUCCCUUGCUGGAUAUGACGGACUUGAAGAACCUGAGCUUCCGUUACGUUUAUUAG